CUAGCGCGACAUUGUUGCCGUUGUGGAGGAUUUGCUAAGCAGAAGUCACUCGAAAGGGAUUAGCUAGCUUGCUAGCAGCUGUAACAUAUUUAGAUGUGGGAAUUAGAGCUAAAUGAGCUACUUUAAACAUCGCUGACACACAUUCGCGCAAGUAAGAAAGCUGAACCCCCAACUUUGCCAUGGCAAUCCUGUUUGCUGUGGUGGCUCGUGGAACCACUAUUCUGGCCAAGCAUGCAUGGUGCGGUGGGAACUUCCUGGAAGUGACUGAACAGAUUUUAGCCAAAAUACCCUCAGAGAACAACAAACUGACCUACAGCCACGGCAGCUAUCUCUUUCAUUACAUCUGCCAUGACAGAAUCAUAUACCUGUGCAUCACUGAUGAUGACUUUGAGAGGUCACGUGCAUUCAGCUUCCUUGGUGAGGUCAAGAAGCGAUUCCAGACAACGUACGGGUCCCGGGCACAAACGGCUCUCCCCUACGCCAUGAACAGCGAGUUCUCCUCUACGCUGGCCGCUCAGAUGAAACACCACUCAGACCCACGGGGACCAGAUCGUGUCACAGAGACUCAGAUGCAAGUGGAUGACCUGAAGGGCAUCAUGGUCCGCAACAUAGACUUGGUAGCUCAGAGGGGAGAGAAGCUGGAGCUGCUGAUUGACAAGACGGAAAAUCUGGUUGAUUCAUCGGUCACGUUUAAGACCACGAGCCGUAACCUUGCACGAGCCAUGUGUAUGAAGAACCUCAAGCUGACGAUAGUUGUCGUGCUGGUUUGUCUGGUGGUCCUUUACAUCAUUGUCUCUGCAGCCUGUGGAGGCCUCAGCUGGCCCACAUGUGUCAAGAAAUAAGAGGGGGUGUGAGGAUGAAAGGGGGAGAUAAUGGAAGAUGGACGAGGGGGAGAAGUGCCUGUAAACUCUGCUUGCCAACGGACUAAAGGAAUUGCUGCUUUCCUUAUGUUACUUCCCUACCAUAAACAUCGCCAGAAGACACAUGUUUCCUCUCCUCCUCCUGCCUCCAUUGCCCUCACUUAAAAAUCUGCACAUUUAUUUGCCUUCUGGACAGGGAGUCCCACCUCAUAUCCACACUAAAGGACAGCCUCUGCGUGGCCUGACGCUGAUGUGGAACAAUAAACCUUGUCUUAUGUCUGUCUGGAACAUUCAUCCUGUCUUAUGCACUUGUUGGUCUGAUGUAUCAGGUUGUGAUACUGUCCUGCACCUGUCUGUCUAAUUCAUCCAUUCAAUGUGAACUACAGCGAUAGCAAAAGUUUAAUUUUCUGCUUUAUUUUUUGAGUCAACAGAAAUAUAAGGAACCUGCAAGCAUUGGUAGCGUCCAUGUUGUGCCAGAGGUGACAGGAAGUCCUCACAAUGUUGUGUUUGGUCCUCAGUUAUAAAACCGAAAGCUCUUUUUUUUUCUUUUUACACUAAACUAAUGCAGUAAACAUGUUUUCUGAUUUAGUUUUACCACAAAGCCGAGCAGUAUCAUCUAAAAUAGAUAUUGUAAAGUAUCAGAUAUGAUCAUACAAAUAAAUAUUGUACAUUUGAUUGAUAUUACUGAUAUUUAAUGGUUAUUAUUUUAAAGCAAGUCUUAAUUAUAAGAUGAUUUUGAUCUCUUCCUGCCUAUGGACUUGAUUGGAGGCUUCCUUUUUACCUUUUACAUUUCUUAGACUGAGUGUGCACUUUUUUUCUGUUAACUCAAUGCACUUUUUUCUUUUUUUAAAAUGUAUAUAGAUAUGCUUCCUGACAUCUUAUUGCUUAUGAUCAUGUAAUUAUUUAAUACUUGUAAAUCCAGAUUUAAAUGAAUAAAAUCCCGUGACAUCA